AUGAAACAUUCAAUAAAAUCCGCAGCGAGUACGGUGGCUUACGACCUAGUCACCUUCUAUACCGGCAAUAACACUGGAGAUGUUCCUGGAAAUUUGCCAGACCCAUACUACUGGUGGGAAGCAGGAGCUUUCUUCGGAGCGUUGAUCAAUUAUUGGGCUUUUACUGGAGAUUCCACGUACAACAAGAUCACCCUUCAGGCGAUGGAACAUCAGGCCGGGGACAAAGGCGAUUUUAUGCCCUUAAAUCAGACUUACACUGAGGGUAACGAUGAUCAAUCAUUUUGGGCCAUGUCAGCUAUGAUGGCUGCUGAGCGAAACUUCACGAAUCCGUCCUCUUCUAAACCAGGGUGGUUAGCAAUGGUGCAAGCAGUCUUUAACGAGCAGGCCCAUCGAUGGGAUAAGACCAGCUGUGAUGGUGGCUUGCGUUGGCAAAUUUACACUUGGAAUGCUGGGUACGGUUACAAGAACACAAUUUCAAAUGGCUGCUUCUUCGACCUUGCCGCUCGACUGGCGCGAUAUACGGGCAAUGCGACAUACGCCGAGUGGGCCAACAAAGUCUGGAAUUGGUCCAAGAGUAACGGCUUAAUCACUGCAGACUAUCAGAUCUACGAUGGUACUACUGUUGACUCGAAUUGUUCUUCAUAUGACCGGACUCGAUGGUCUUAUACCGCUGGCAUCUACCUUCAUGGAGCUGCCGUGAUGUACAACUACACUUCAUCUCUUUCCUCAAACUCAUCUUCCAAUUCUUCCACUGUGUGGAAAAACCGAAUUGAUGGGCUGCUCACCUCCGCUAACCAUUUUUACUCGACGGACGAGUCUAGCUCCAACGUAAUGGUGGAGCCUCCCUGUGAGUCGACGGGUAGCUGCGACACCGAUCAAUUAUCCUUCAAAGCAUAUUUGUCUCGCUGGUUAGCCGAUGUCAUGCAGCUAGCCCCUUAUACAUAUGACACUGUUAUUGCGAAGGUUCGUGCUACUGCAACGGCUGCUGUCAGCCAGUGUCAGGGAGGAUCUUCGGGUACCUAUUGUGGACAUAAAUGGUCUAGUGGGAGUUAUGAUGGUACCACUGGAGUGGGCCAGCAGAUGGGCGUUCUAGAGGUUCUUCAUGGACUUCUCGCUACAGAUAUUAGUGCUCCCGUCACGUCGACCACGGGCGGAUCCAGUGAGGGUAACAGUGCUGCUGGGACCGAGUCUGAUGAAACGGAGAGCCAAAUUUUGUUCUCUACCCUAACGACUGCGGAUAGAGUUGGCGCCGCGAUCCUAACAGCUGUGGUCUCUGGUUUGAUCUUUUUUGCGGUCUACGUAAUGAUUGUUUGA